AGCUGGUCACUCACACGGAGGUACUGGUGGUAGGGUGUACGCCAUCAACUGGUUAACUAGUGACUAUAGACUCCUGUCGGCAUAUGAGAGGAAAAAUACUUCGUAGAUCCUGCGAUGAACAGCGAUCUGGAGAGUGAGAAUGUAACGUGUCCAGCCUCCUAUCACUGCCAGCUGAACAUCGAGGCCUAACAUUUAAACAACAAAGUAGUCUAAAUUCUAAACCAUAAAUUCAAUCAGUGCUUCAUCAUCUUGGGACAACUUUCAUGUCAGCGUCGCUGGUCUAUGGGUUUUUAAGUGGGUGUGGUGGUGUCAGAGUGGUGUUAUUGUCCCAAGGGUGACAACACAGUGCUGGAGGAGUUUUAACAUAAAGCAGAAGGAUGGAAAUCUACCGUCGAAGCCAGUUCGUUGUGUCACCGCCAGCUAUCCUUAAAAUUAUUGAGAUGGUGGUGCUGGUGACGGGAAUGGUGCUGUUUAUGGUGAGCAACAAAUGUGAUAGCAACGCCAGCUACGUGACAUUGUUCGUGUUGCCGUGUGGGGUGUGUGUGGCCCUCACCCUCGUCUCUUACAUCACCGCCAUGCUGGUGCUGGCCGGAGGCAGGAACCCCCUCACUACCCCUACCUGGGUCAAGGGCGACGUGAUCUUCAACGUGGCAGCCCUGGUGUUGAUGGUGGUAGGGUCCAUCAUUACGCUUACCAACCAGGCCUGCUCCAAUACCUCCAUCACCGUGGCAGCCAUUGCCAUGGGGCUCAUCAGCGCAAUUUUGUUCGCUACUAGCGCUGCCACCACCUACCUCUUGCUGACGCGACACCAUGAACAGGUGAAGGAAUCGCAGCGGGAACAACUGGAGAACCGUCGUGUUACGCUCAGUGUCAUUGCUUAGUUAUCCUUCUGCCACAGUGACCUAAUAAUGUGAUAGCGUAGCAGUUCAGCUGUCAGUGUAAUAGUGUAGUGGUUCAUCUAGCAGUGUAAUAGUUCAUCUGUCAGUGUAAUAGUGUAGUGGUUCAUCUAGCAGUGUAAUAGUGUAGUGGUUCAUCUGUCAGUGUAAUAGUGUAGUAGUUCAUUGUAACAGUACCAUGAUUUUAGAAUAAAUUAAUUUUAUUUUCGAGAAAAUAUGUAUGAAAAUUCAAUUGAGAAACAGAGAGCUUGUCCAAAUGUUCCCACUCAAACUGACCAAUGACAGUGUGAGGGCCUUAAGCCUGAACCAAUAGGGAGAACCUGUGAGGCAUGAUGUCAUGAACAUGUGGCUUCAUAUGUCACCAGGAUUUAACAUGACGAGGUAAUACAGUAUAAGUAAGCACACUUUAGGUUUCACGAAAUGUAUUGUGAUUCAUGUGACUUCAUGUGACCCGUUUCACUAGCUAGGAGAAUAGGUUUAUUGUUUUGAAGUGUAAUUGUCAAUCUUAAUAUAGUUUUCAAUAAAAACAGUAACCAAUAA